GAGAGGCCAAUUGGCAGGUCGCUAGUGGCAGCAGCACACCGAAGCUCCAUGGCCAUGUUCCCAUCAAGACGAUCCAAAAUUAUACCUAUCAUCAUCAUCAUCCAAAUUAUAUGAAAAAUCGAUUUAAUAUCCAAUUUCGAUACACUUUAUGUGGAAUUUCAACUUUAUACAGUAUUAUCGGAGGUGAACUGGCUCUCUCUCUAGUCUGAUUACGUCUCCUCAUCCAAUCCGAUUCAAUCCCAAAUCCCGAGGAAACAAUUAAGUUUGACCAAUUGAUUUAUGGAUAUUACUAGUCUAUUCCCCUCAUUUAAUCAAUCACGCUUCCGUCUUCGACCAAUUUCAAUGUCGCUAUCAGAUAUCAAACCGUAUCAAGAUGCUGUAAGUUGACUUGAAAUCUGAAGAUGCUUGCAUAACUAGCUUAAAAAGAUAUUAUCGGAUAUCGGUCGGUUUGUAUAAGAAUUUUUUAAGAACGCCGGUGCCUGAAGAUGUCAGCAUAUGGCCAUCCGAUGGAACGGGAGUAUUCCUCCCGGAGUCUCACAAGUGCUGAAGGAUCCGAGAUGGGAAGUCAAUUUAGAAUGGAAUCGGUGAUCUAUAUGUCAUCAUGUGCUGCGACUAUCUUCAUUGGGGGGCUUGUAAUAGUUGGGAUCUUAUUGAUGACUUUGCUGACUGCAUUGACUGUGAUGUUACAAUCAUGUCAAAGCAGGGAAGCUGGAGUUAUUGAAUCGUUCAAGUAUGAUCAUUGCAAAAUGGAAUCUCAACACGCUGAGAUUAAUAACUUGGAAGCGUAUUCUUUGCCUGGAUUUUGUAAGGAAGUCGCUGUGAAGUACAUAAAAGAAGGUCAUUACAUGAGAGAGUUGAACGCUUCGGUGUCACUCAUUGAGAAUUACUUCAAUGGCAUAAGACCAAAUGAUGGUGGUCAUGAUGUUGUGUUAAUGGACAUAGAUGACUUCCUUCCAGCCGAUACUCUUCGUAUCAACCCAUUGUCGUACGGAUACAAUCGGUAUGGAUUGAAUGAUUGUGUUAGAGAGGCAAAACAUAUGAAACAUGUUUUCUUGAUUGAAUUGUACAUAAAACUUAAAUCUAAUGGAUGGCCAUUGAUUUUGUUAUCAAGAAAGCCUGAAAAGCUACAAGACGCCAUUGUUGAGGAUCUUAUAUCAGCCGGAUGUGGUGGUUGGUCAAAGUUAAUCAUGAGAUCAAACGAGGAGAUGAAAGAGGAUACUCGUGAUUACUUUUCAAGACAAAAAGUGGGCAUUGAAGCGGAGGGAUAUCACAUUAGGGGUGUGAUUAGCAGCCAUAUGGAUGCUUUAGGAGGCACGAUUAUCACAACACAAAACUUCAAGCUUCCGAACCCCCUUCCUGUUGCUCCACCACGGAGUAUAAUGUCCGAUUAAAUGAUAAUCCACCGGUAUAAGUUUCUAUAUUACUUGUAUAUAAGUUUUUUUUUUUUUUUUUUUUUUUUUUUUUUUUUUUUUUUUUUAAUUUUUCGACCACAUAUUCAAAAGAGUUUAUUUAUUAUUUAUUAUUUAUUAUUUAUCUCUUCCAUUUUGUGUAGUAUUCGACAAAAUGCAGACCACACAUGCUAUAUACAUUUGUUUGAUUUAAAUAAAUAAAGCGAAUUGUUAAUUUUCUUUC